AUGUCUCGCAGAACUGGUACAACCACUGCUGGUCAAGAGGAAACCGAGGUCAAGCCACAGAACAAUGCACAGGAGAAACAGGCCAUGUUGUUGGCUCAAGAGACUGGACAUUUCAGUUUGAUCAGGGCGCUGCAUCUUGCCGACUUGAUCACCGAAAUGAACGGUUUCUGUGGAUUCAUGUCCGUACUGUCAUCGAUGCGGUACUGCCUCUCCGAUCCUCAAGACCUUACAAACUUGUGGUUUGCAUUCUUCUUCAUGCCCUUCGGGCUAUUCUUCGACUUUUUUGAUGGCAAGGUCGCGCGAUGGAGAAAGAAGUCUUCGUUGAUGGGUCAAGAAUUAGAUUCUUUGGCAGACCUGGUUUCAUUCGGCGUGGCGCCUGCUGCUGUUGGCUUCGCAGUCGGCUUUCGAACUACGGUCGACACGUUGUUCCUUUCAUACUAUGUUCUCUGUGGUUUGACUCGGCUGGCGCGCUUCAAUGUGACGGUAGCAAUGUUGCCCAAAGAUAAGAGCGGCAAAUCGAAAUAUUUUGAAGGCACUCCCGUACCUUUUGCCUGCCUCACUGGGUCAAGCAUCCUCGCAGUGUUCACUUGGAUGGGUCUGAUACAUAAUUCAAUACCUUUGGCCACCACCUACCUCGAUCAUGCUGGCACGACUCUGUACGCCAGGUCAUUGAUAGACGCGUACCACCGGGACCUGAGUUCAAACUUGUACGGGAAUCCUCAUUCGGAAAGCCCGGCGUCUUGGCUUGCCACUGGACGGGUUGAAGAUGCACGACUUGCUGUCCUUGACUACUUUCACGCAAGUCCGGAUGACUAUGAUGUCGUGUUUACUGCCAAUGCUACUGCCGCAAUCAAAGUGGUAGCCGAUUGUUUCAGAGACCAAGGCUUUUGGUAUGGGUUUCAUAAGGAUUGCCAUAACAGUCUCGUGGGAGUGCGGGAAAUUGCCACCAAGGGUUCGCACUGCUUUGCUUCCGACGCAGAGAUCGAAGAGUGGAUUGCCCAGGGCACGCCUUCACCUUCAGCAGGUCUCAGGCUCUUUGCCUAUCCAGCACAGUCCAACAUGACGGGGUAUCGACCUCCGUUACAUUGGCCUCGGCGGAUUCGCUCAUCACACCACGACUCUGACCAAUUGAACUUCGUUCUACUGGACGCUGCGUCCUAUCUCACAACCGGCCGACUUGAUCUGAACAACUUCGCAGAAGCUCCAGAUUUCAUUUCCAUGUCUUUCUACAAGAUCUUUGGAUACCCGGACCUUGGCGCCUUGAUAGUCAGGAAAUCAGCACGACAAGCCCUCGGUCAAAGGAGAUAUUUUGCCGGAGGCACAGUCGACAUGGUCACCGUGAUUGGAGGCUCGUUUCACGUGUUCAAAGGGGCAAACGUACAUGACUUCCUGGAGGAUGGCACAGUCCCAUUCCACAACAUCAUUGCGCUCAGGCAUGCUAUCGGGACGCAACGUCAGCUAUUCGGAUCCUCGGCUAACAUCUCAAACCACGCAGCGUAUCUCUCGAAGUUGUUGUUUGACAGAUUAGUCAACCUAAGGCAUGCAAAUGGUCAAACCGUGAUUACUAUACACAAAGAUGAGAGUGCGGUCUAUGGAGAUCCCAGGACCCAGGGACCCAUUGUUGCGUUCAACAUCAAAAAGGCCGCUGGGAACAUCGUCUGGAAAAGUCAUUUUGAGACUCUGGCCAUUGCCUCGGGCUUCCAGCUUCGUACAGGCGGAGUUUGUAAUCCAGGUGGUAUUGCAUCGAUGCUGAAGCUAGAGCAUUGGGAGCUCCGGAGAAAUUACGAGGAAGGUGCCCGUUGUGGAGAUGGCGUCGAUGUCAUUGGUGCCAAAUCGACAGGUAUCGUUCGAGUUAGUCUGGGGGCCAUGUCCACCAUUGGGGAUGUGGAACGGUUUGCGAGCUUCGUGAGAUGGUUCUUCGUUGAGAGUACCUCCCACACGUCCACGACAAGGACUUCUCCUGCAGCUACCUGUAUCUCUCCCUUGGAAGGAUGUCGGCCUAUGACUGUCGACCCUUUGGACCAUGCUGCUUACCAAGUGUGGGACCGCCGGUGGCGCGUUCUCGACGCGGCUACCGGUGAGCAAAUCAACAACGUCGACGACCUCAGUCUGGAGAUUGAAGUCCAAACAGGGGAAUUGGUUCUCAAAUACAACGACAGUCGACUUGUGAUGAGCCUGUGGGAUGUGCCGUACGCAACCGACGACAGACUGAGCACACCGUCACAGCGCAUUUUUGACGACUACAACGACUCCGUGAUCGACGACUGGUUAUCAGAGCGCGUAGGCAUCCGGUGCAAGCUAAGCUACCAGCGACCUCUGGAUCCGGCAUGGCUGCCUGAGGCGACUGCGUGCGCAGUGGCAUCUUGCGGUUGGAGAGGUAGAGAUAAAACCGACCUCGGCGACCACUACAAAAGGCACGCGCGGGCGUUCCUUGCCGCACACCCCUUCGAGAGUCCCCAGACAGCCACCACUCCUGCUGCGACUCCACGGAACUCGAGCUGUCGAAGCCAAGACGCCGCGGCGAGGAAGUGCUGGCCCUUCAAUUUCAGAGCCAUCUUCAACCAGCGCAGCACUCGUGCUCAUCAACGCACAAAGUCCCAGCAGUCACACAAGCUGGACGUUGCCAGUGUGAGCGAGAAGAGCGUCUGUCCAGGAAUGACGCCGCCGUUGGGUCCAGUAGAUCUUGGCAAGCAUUGA